UUUCGGUUUGAAACAUGAAUUGAGAAUAAUUUAAUCGUUUUAUGAAAAUUUUGCAUAGACAGCGACAUGAUCAAUCAAGCAGCAUGAUUUUCAGGAAAGACUAUACACUGUUAAUUAUUUAUUUAUCGUUGUCAUUGGUUUCAGGAGAAUUUAUGACUGCAGGGGUUGUGGCAGUAGGUUCUGCUAUAUCUGCUGGUUUACUGGCUGGGUUUAAUGUCAUUAACUGUAUGAUUAACGAAUGUUGCACUGAUCGAUGGGUGUCAACAAAUUAUACAGACCUGAAGCUGACUCUGGAUGCCAAGCUGUAUGGACAACACCUGGUUAUUGAACCAGUGGUUAAACAUCUGAAAGCGCAUGGAAAGGAUAAUCCCAGUAAAGCCCUCGCCUUGUCUUUUCAUGGUUGGACAGGGACAGGAAAAAACUAUGUUAGUCGUAUUGUAGCCGAGAAAAUGUUUGCUAAGGGAAUGAAAAGCAAAUUUGUUCACCUGAUCUCCGCCACAAAGGAAUUCCCUCAUAAAGAAAUGGUGCCGUUUUACAAGGACAAAUUACGUGAUUUUAUAGAGGCACGUGUAAAGGAGUGUCCAAGAUCUUUCUUCAUAUUUGACGAGAUGGAUAAAAUGCCGCCAGGAAUCAUCGAUACCCUCAAACCCUAUCUGGACUUUUAUGAAAAUCUUGGCGGUGUAGACUACAGAAAGGCGACAUUCUUCUUCUUAAGUAACACAGCAGGUAAUGAUAUAGCAGAGAGAACUAUUACUACUUGGACGAACAACUUGGACAGAGAGACUAUCAAACUUAAAGAGAUGGAGGAGGUUAUCAGACUUCCUGCUCUCAAUAACAAAAGUGGUCUUUGGCAUAGUGAGCUCAUUCUGAAGAACUUGAUUACAGCAUACGUACCAUUUCUCCCUCUCGAGCGGCGACAUGUUAAGCAGUGUAUUAAGGACGGUCUUGUUCAUAAAGGAUAUUACAAAUCUGAAGAUGAAAUAUCAGACGCAAAAGUGCAGGAAAUAGCAGACGAACUUCAGUAUUAUCCUGAAGGUGUUCUUAUUUUCUCAACCACUGGUUGUAAACGUAUACAUGAGAAAAUAGACCUCAUUAUGGAAGAGAUAUAGAAAAAAAAAAUAGACUUCAUUAUGGAAAAACUAAAGGAGGAAAUAAACUUCAUUAUGAAAGAGCUGUUGAAAAAAACCAGACUUGGUUAUGGAAGAGUUACAUAUGCAGAAGAAAGUAGACUUCAUUAUGAAGGAGUAUAGAAUAAAAUAGACUUCAUUAUGGAAGAGCUGUAGAAGAGGACAGACUUCAUUAUUGAAGAGCUUGACAUUUGUAAAUUCAUAGUCAACCCAUGUGUUCAUAAUUAUUUGGGAAAUGUACUUUAAAUGGUCAUUUUUCAAGAUGUCUAUCAUUUUAUAGCAAAUUUAUAUAUCCUUAAUUAAAAAAAAUGAUUGUCAAUUACACAUUAAUUAUUAAAUUGACAAAUACAUUGAAGCUGAUGUAAAAUAAUUGUCAUCAGUUUUCACUGCA